AAUGAAGACACUGAGUGGAAUGAUAUAUUAAGAGAUUUUGGAAUUCUUCCUCCAAAAGAAGAAAAAAAGGAUGAGACCGAAGAAAUGGUUUUACGUUUACAGAAAGAAGCCAUGGUUAAACCAUAUGAAAAAAUGACUCUUACCCAGUUAAAAGAAGCUGAAGAUGAUUUUGAUGAUGAAGAUAUGAGGGCUAUGGAAAUAUAUAGACAAAAGCGUUUACAGGAAUGGAAAGCUCUUCAGAAAACACAAAAAUUUGGGGAACUAAGAGAAAUUUCUGGUGACCAAUAUGUGAAAGAAGUUACAAAUGCAGAAAAAGAUGUCUGGGUUAUAAUUCACUUAUAUAGACCAAGCAUCCAAAUGUGUUUACUGCUUAAUCAGCAACUGAGUAUUCUAGCAAGAAAAUUUCCAGAAACUAAAUUUGUUAAGGCUGUUGUAAAUAGUUGUAUUCAACACUACCAUGACAGGUGUUUACCCACAAUUUUCGUGUAUAAAAAUGGUCAGAUAGAAGGAAAAUUCAUCGGAAUUAUUGAAUGUGGAGGAAUUAAUCUGAAGUUAGAAGAACUUGAAUGGAAACUAGCAGAAGUUGGAGCUAUACAAACUGACUUGGAAGAAAAUCCUAAAAAACAAGUUGUAGACAUGAUGACAUCUUCCAUUAGAAACACUUCUAUUUAUGAUGACAGUAAUAGUUCAAGCAGUGACAGCGAUGAGACCAAAUAUCCUUAG